GAAGUGAAGACCACCGAUUCUUCUCCGUGUUCUGAUCUGUUCAUCGCUCUUCUUGGUUUCUUCCCUACCUGAAUUGGUUCUCUGGGAGAGGGGAUUUAGAGGGGUUUCGUCUCUUGCCAACACAGAUCGGAUAAGAAGUAGAUCUGUCGGAUUCAUCCGUCGGAUGGCCAUGACGACGAGGUCCGAUCCCCAAUUAGCUUUCUUCCUCGCCCUCGUCCUCUUGUGUCUCGUCUCCUGCAACGCCCAGCAACAGUACGAGAACAACAGGCAACUCGACUGCACCACCACCGACUCCUCCACUCUGGGCUACACCUGCAACGGCGUCCGCUCCUGCUCCUCCUACCUCACUUUCCGAUCCCAGAUCGCCUACCAGUCGCCGGUACUGAUCGCAUACCUAUUAGGCGCCGACGCCGACAACAUCUCCCGCAUCAACGGCGUCGCUACCGAGUUCGCCAACGUCCCCAACGACCAACUCGUCCUCGUGCCGGUCCCCUGCUCCUGCUCCGGCGGCUACUACCAGCACAACGUCUCCUACACCUUGACCUCCAGGGACACCUACUUCAUAGUGGCCAACGAUACCUACCAGGGCCUCUCCACCUGCCAGGCCCUCAUAGCGCAGAACCCUUACGGCAGCCUCAACCUCACCGCCGGCCUCCGGGUGGAUGUUCCCCUCCGCUGCGCCUGCCCCACCGCCGAACAAACCAGCAGCGGCAUCAAGUACUUGCUCACAUACCUCAUCACCUGGGGCGAUGACGUCCCCACCAUCGCUGACCGCUUCCACGCCGACUACCAGGCGGUGCUGCACGCGAACAAUAUCUCCUCCUCCUCCACCAUCUAUCCUUUCACGACUCUCUUGGUGCCCCUCGAAACCGAGCCCACCAAAGACGAAGUCGCAAGCUCACCCUCGGCGCCUCCUCCGCCCCAGACAGCCGACACGCCGCCCAACGACGGGAGCGGGAGCAGUUCCUCUGGCCACAAAUGGGUCUUCGUUGGGGUCGGAAUCGGAGUUGGCCUUCUGGCUUUGUGCUGCGCCGGAGGCCUGAUCUGGCUCCUGUGCUACAGGCAGCGGCGGCGGCGCCGCAUCCCUGUUCCUGAUGUCCCCGUUCCGUUCAAGACUGCAGAGUCUUCGGCGAAUUACUCCGAGCUGUCCGACAAGAGGUCGGGGCCUCCCACUUCAGUCUCCGUCCAAAGCGUUCGCAGUGCUAUCGAGUCGCUGACGGUCUACGAAUUCCGAGCGCUCGAGGCCGCUACCGCGGCCUUCGGCGAAGACCACAGGAUCAUGGGAUCCGUUUACAGAGGAGUCAUCAACGGGGACGCCGCCGCCAUCAAGAGACUCAAAGGCGACGCCUCGAAUGAGAUCAACAUCCUGAAGCAGAUCAACCACUCCAACGUGAUCCGCCUGUCGGGCUUCUGCCUUCACGACGGCAACACCUACCUUGUCUACGAGUUCGCCGAAAAAGGCUCCCUGGGAGACUGGCUUCAUCACCACAACAAGAACGAUAGCUCGAGCUGCCUUGGCUGGAAGGAGAGGGUUCAGAUCGCUCACGACGUUGCUCAUGGGCUCAACUACCUGCACGACUACGCCAGCCCACCGUACGUCCACCAGAACUUGAAGAGCAGCAACAUCCUGCUCGACGGGGAGCUCAGAGCCAAGCUCGCCAACUUCGGCCUUGCGAGACCGAUGGAGGACGGGGAAAGGCCUCACCUGACGCGACACGUCGUGGGUACGCAGGGGUACAUGGCGCCGGAGUAUCUGGAGCACGGCCUCGUCACUCCUAAGCUGGAUGUGUUCGCUUUCGGGGUGGUGCUGCUGGAGCUGCUGUCGGGGAAGGAAGCUACGUUCACGGAGGAGGGUGAGAAGCAAGACACGCUGCUGUGGGCGUGCGUGGGAUCGGUGAUAAGCGGAGAGGAUGCGCGUGGCAGGCUGAUGGCUUUCGUCGACCCGUGCCUGGGACGCCAGUAUCCUCUCGAGUUGGCUCAUGCCAUGGCGGAACUGGCGAUGCUGUGUGUGGCACGCGAUCCGGGGUCGCGCCCAAGCAUGACAGAGGUGCUUGUGUCCCUCUCGGCGAUUCACGAUUCCACCUUGGAUUGGGAUUCGUCGGACCUUGCAGAUUCCAGUUCCAUGAUCCAUGGAAGAUAGGCUUCCGGUUCUCCCUUGUGUUUGAGGAAGAUUCCACACGAGUGGACAGACAUUUAUAAGUUGAUGUCAUUUCAAGAUGGAAUAAAUGUCGCAGGGUCGAUUUCUCACCCUUCUUUCUGUU